AUGAAAAUAUUUUCUUUUUGCCUUGUUCUGUUAUACUUUAUUCUGAUAAACAAUGUAAACUGUUUUUUCAAAAAUGCCUUAAGUCAUUUCUACUGCGACAAUGAGAACUGUUACAGCAUUUUAGGCAUUCCAGAAACUUCAAGUUUUAGUGAAAUUAGAUCAUCGUACUAUAGACUACUAGAGAGUAUGAAGAAUAACUACAAUUCGGAAAGGAAGAAAAAGAUAGUUAAGGCAUACACGGUUUUAAUAAAUAAACGUACAAGGAGAUAUUAUGACUAUUAUUUGAAGUACCCUAAUAGUGUGUUUAAUAUAAUAUAUUUUAUUUCUUACUAUAUUUUUAAAUUAUUUAAAGUAAUACUAGCUUUAUUCAUUAUUGCUCUACUUAUCUGUGGUUUUCAAUAUAUGAAUAAUAAAUAUGAAAUGAAAAGGAUAAUCCAAAAGCUGUCAAAAAAUAAAGCAUUUAAAAAAGAAGUAUUAAAUAAAAUAGGAACAAAACAUCCACAGUUUCGUACAUAUGACUUAAAUACAAAAAGAAAAGUCGAAGAACAAAUAGAAGAAGAAGUAGCACAAGAAAUGGGUUUAAUAAAUAAUCAAAGAAAAGGAAAAUUUAUUCUAAGUAAUUUAUUUAUUGUUAAAAUUUUGUGUAUACCUAAAAAUAUUUUAUGCUAUAUAUUAUGGAAUAUUAAAUGGAUAAUAAAAUAUACCAUUUUAAAAGAAGAAUAUGAUGAAAGCGAUAAAAUGUAUAUUACUAGAGUGUGUAUGAACAUUUCAGCUCAAAGAUGGAAUAAUUUGGGAGAAGAAGAAAAAAAAGGCUUGUUAAAAAAACAAUUAUGGAUAAAAGAAUACCAGGAGGAAUUUCUUGCCGAGCAGCGAGAAAAGGAUCGACUCAACAAAAUCUCGAGCGCCAAGUAUAAGCAGCAGAUUAGGAAGAAAAAGAAGGGCAUGAACUUUAACUACAACGAUUGA